UCCUCAGUCUCGGUCUUGCCGCCGGCCGGUUGGGAGGAGCUUGUCCCGUGGCAAAGUUUUCCGCGCAUCGCCUCGCCACUCGCAGCGAGCCUCAGCCACGCCGGCACGGCCAUGGAGCUGGCCAUCGCCGUGAGGCUGUACCUGGCCCUGGCCCUGUGCGGACCAGUGCUCAGCGCAGGCAACAGGUGCCCCUAUCAAGAUGGAUUCAAAAAGUUCCGGUGCGACAACGGCGAGUGCACCCCCGCGUCGUGGGUGUGCAACGGGGUGGUCGACGGCUGCAAGGACGGCAGCGAUGAGAAAGCGUCCAAGUGUGACAGUGUCCCGUCGACGAAACUGUCCGUCGGCCAGAGGGUGACCGUGCGCGUGCACUACAAGGAGGAGUUCGGCCCCGUCGAGUUCCACCUGUGCGACGGCGGCCAAUGCAGCAGGCUGUGGGUGCCUGGCGCCGUGCCGGGCGGACAGCUCACGUUCAGUGCCUUGACAAGGUGCAACGCGCGAGGCCGCUACUGCACCGGCGGCAACUACAACAGCGGGGCGCGGCCGGCGGAGCACUUCCGCAGCGGCUACCUGGUGUUCGAGGCGGAGCGGCGCGCGGGCCAGCUCGCAGUGUGGCUGCAGGGCCACCCCGACAAGGUGGCCACGCUGCCCGCGCCCUCGGCCAGCAGCGACACGCUCAACGUGCGGCCGGACCACUGGAACAACGACAUGCCCGCCGCUUUCAUCAAUGACACCUGCGACUACGAGGACGGGUUCAAGAAGUACCGCUGCAACAGCGGCGAGUGCACCCCCGCCUCCUGGGUGUGCAACGGCGACGUGGACGGCUGCAGUGAUGGCAGCGACGAGAUUGCGGCCAUGUGCGACAAAGACUGCUUGUCUGAAAAUUUAGCCUUCCGGUAUGAAAAUUGCGACCUGAUCGUCUCAGAACUUGAAUUCAGACCAGCGCAGUCUGAAAAUUGA